GAUAGGUAAAGAACGCACACGAUGUCUGCCGCCACCUCCGCCUGCGCUCGCGCGAUCGUCGCGACGAAGAAGACCACCGCGGCGCGCCGCGCGGGCAAGUCGGCGACGCGGGCGACGCCGCGAUCCGUCGCGGCGCGCGCGGGGGGCGCGGGCACGCCGUUCACGACGUGGAUCUUGCAACAAGAGAUGGAAGAAAAGAUCGACGGCGAACUCGCGGUCGUGUUGUCGAGCAUCGGCUUGGCGUGCAAGCAAAUCGCGAGCUUGGUGCAACGCGCCGGGCUUCAAGGCAUGACGGGUUUGGCGGGCGAGACGAACGUGCAAGGUGAAGACCAAAAGAAGCUCGACGUCAUCUCCAACGAUGUGUUCUGCGAUGUCUUGCGUCAAACCGGCCGCACGGGCGUGAUUGCGUCCGAGGAAGAAGACGUGCCGGUCGCCGUCGAAGAAACCUUCGGCGGUAACUACGUCGUCGUCUUCGAUCCGCUCGAUGGCUCUUCCAACAUCGACGCCGCCGUUUCCACGGGUUCCAUCUGGGGCAUCUACGAGUCCGACUCCACGUGCAUCCCGGAUUUUGGCACCGAAGAUGCGGCCAAGAUUGAAGAGAAGUGCGUCAUGAACGUGUGCCAACCGGGGAACAACUUGUUGUGCGCGGGCUACUGCAUGUACUCCUCUUCCACCAUCCUCGUCUUGACCCUCGGUGAGGGUGUGUACGGUUUCACCCUCGACCCGACCGUCGGCGAGUUCAUCAUGUCCCACGACAACAUCAAGGUUCCGGAAUCUGGUAAGAUUUACUCCUUCAACGAAGGCAACUACGACAUGUGGACUCCGGGCUUGAAGAAGUACAUGGACUCCCUCAAGACUGGCGGCGCGGAACAAGGCACCAAGCCGUACAGCGCCCGUUACAUCGGUUCCCUCGUCGGUGACUUCCACAGAACCAUCUUGUACGGAGGCAUCUACGGCUACCCGGGCGACUCCAAGAACCCGAACGGUAAGCUUCGCCUCUUGUACGAGUGCGCGCCGAUGUCCUUCAUCGCCGAACAAGCCGGCGGUAUGGGUUCCACCGGUAAGGAGCGCGUCCUUGACGUUGUCCCGGAAAAGUUUCACCAACGUGUGCCGUUCUUCACCGGCUCCAAGAAGGAAGUGCAGUACUUGGAAUCCUUCAUGUAGACGCCGCAUAUUUUUCACAACCUAGACGGAGAU